AUUUUGUCCACUUUCUUGUCGCUAGCGAUGCCGAAGAAAAGUUGGAUUGAAUCUAACUUUUAGCGACGUCGCUCUCACGCAAAAUGAGUUUAAAUAUGGAAGAUGUAAUAUAUUGCGAAUCGCAAGAUAUAGCUGUUGUACAUACUUGUGGAAUAUGUGAAAUGAUUAUCGAGGAAAAGAGUAUUCCGUCUCAUGAUUGCGUGGAAGGAUACAAUCGGUUCUUCAUCGAUACAAAUUUUUAUUUUUAUCCAGUAACAAAUGAUAAUCGCAUUGUUCGACGAAGCCUUGUCGACAAUGAAGAAGUUGUCUUGCCGGUUGAAAAAGUUACAGGAAAAAAUGAAAGUAGAUUUUAUAAUAAAAAAGCCAAAAGAAAAACUGUAAAGUCAUUGAAUUACGACGACGAGGAACUCCUCAUUUUAUCCGUUCAAGAAAAAAGACCCUUGUGGGAUUUUACUAUUCCAUUAGAACAGCGAUGCCAACGAUUGACAAAAAAAUUGUGGGAUGAAGUCUCGGAAACAUUGGGAGGCAAACUUAGCGGGGAAGAAGCAAAAAAAAAGUUUAAAAAUUUACAUGAUGCCUAUCGACGAAUAAUUCAGUCCGAAAAUCUUUCUAGUGGAUCAGCUAGACCUCCUCCUACAAAAAAGUGGCACCAUUAUGACUCUAUGGAAUUCCUGCGUGACUUCUGUCUUGUCAAAAAGGGAAAAGUUUCUAAUAUUGAUGUUAAUGAUGAUGACUCUUUAAAUAAUAUUGACCAAUCAAUAAAUGAUGAUGAUGCAACUGGCAAUGAUCAAUUAGAAUCAGGGGCAUCAGAUACGCAAAUUAAAAGAAAAAAGAAUUUAGGACAGCAGUCCAGUGCAUUAGAUAGAAUUGCUGAUUCACUUUGUCAACCAUCAACUCCAUUUGCACUACCGCCAGCACCCAAGUAUGAUGAAAUUGAUUCGUCUUUAGCAGUAAUCGGAUGGAGGUUGAGACAGAUGAAUCCAAAAAAGCAGUUACAUGUCAUUCAGCAAAUGAUGAACCUAACAUAUGAUAUACUUAGAGAAGAUUAA